GAAUUUUUAGAGAAGUUCACGAUCCCCUUCAAAGCUCCGCUCGACAAUGACGAUGCUGCUAUUUCUGGCCUCAAGAUCGAAUACAUAAGAGUUCCUAUUUGGCCAAUUCUAGCUCUGCGAGAGAGACUUACCGAGGCGUUGGGUCAAGACGUUGUCGGAGCUUUCAAACCAGACGAAAUAUAA